AUGCCGUCUCUCAAACAGCGCCUCCUCACCCUGGCCCUGCCCCUCGCCGCCGCCGCCGCCGCCCUGCCCGGCGCAACCCCGUCGUCGGGCCCGGCCCCGGCCCCGGCCCCGGCCCCGCCCGCCGCGACCACCCCCGCGCCGCCCGCCGAGGUGAGCAUGCCCGCCACGUGCGACUACAGCUACUGCGACGGCACCUCGUCGUGGUGCUUCUACUGGGGCGGCGUCACCUCGUACGACGUCGACCGCGGGCCCGUCCCCGGCGAGAUCAGGGCCCCGCUCGGCCCCUGCGCCGCCCCGCGCCGCACCCCGUCCGCCACGCCCCCGCCGGCUCCGGCGCAUACGCGUGCUGCCUGA